AUGGAGAAGUCUUUUGAGAAGCUAACCAGCAUCUUGUUUGAUUCAGAAGCUAGAAAAAGGGAAGGCCAUCAUGAGCAGAAGUCCCACCACCAUCACAGAACAGCCGAUGCUGAAACUAAAGACCUCACAGGAAAGGGGCCAGGACAAUCCCAGUAUCAGUCAAGCCAGCACAGGGUUCAGGAGAAAACAACUCCUUCUGGAGGCGUUGAGAGUAUCAUGGCUGAGAUUGAACAAGCAGUGCAGGAGACAGGAGACACAGAUGUACAUAUGCGGAGAAGACAGCACCCCACCAUUCCCAGGAGGCAACAUCAGGGCCAAUGGACUGAAAUGACUGGUCAACCUGAGUCUGAUAAAAUCUAAGGCAGAUCCUGCUCCUGUUUCUCCUGUGUGUGGUGGCAGCUUGCAGAAGUAGUGACAUUGUAGCCUUCCUGGAGGAGACCUGAAGUAGCAUGCGGAGU